AUGGCGGCCCUCUCCCGCCGACCUCGCCCUCGGGAGACGUCCUCGGAGAAGGCGCCGCGGCGGAACCGAGGUCGGGCCGGGGCGGCCCGCCCAGCGGCGGCGACGACCCGGCGCCCGAGGCCUACGGCGGGGCGGCGGCGGGUGGUGUCGGGACCCCGCGGCCGCGCCCCCCGCCCGGCGCGGCCCUCCCGUCGGCCCGGCACCCCGCGGCCGGCGCAGCCCUCCCCCCUCCGCGGUCCCCGCGGUCGGAGCCCGGGCCCGGCGCGGCCUGCUUUCCCUUACCCUGUGCGGCCGGGAAAGGAGACCGGGAACACGCGGCGGCGCCGGCUCUACAGCCCGGGCCGCCCGCUCCGAGUCGCUGCCGCCGCAGUUGCUCAGGUGCCGUCGCGCCGCCCGGCAGGAAACGGGCGGCUUCGGGGCGGGGCGGCCCCGGCACGUCCCGGCGUCUGGGCCCCGGCGGUGCCCGGAGACCGGCCCCUUAAAGGGACAGGCGUCGCCGCCUCGGCCCCCGCGCGCUCUCCCGCGCACUCGGGAACCCCCACCCCCCGCGUCCUUCCUCCAAAGCUGGUUUCGUCUUGCAUGGCCCUCCUACCGAAGCACCACCUGGCCCCCCAGACUGGAAUUUUUUUUUUUUUAACCUUAAGCAAAUCGUACUCGAUUUCACCCAGCCCGUCCCAGAUUCCUCCUCGGAAAUCACUGGAAAACGAAAUCUUCCAUCCCUCUGUCUCCAGAGUUUCUCUCUGAAUUCGUCGGACAACCCUGGCGUCAAAGAGAGAGAAAAUUUUUAAACCGACCUAAAUAAAUUGUGUGCAAA